CUUAGGCGCCGGAAGGAGGAAGCUCGCAGCUGGGCAGGAGGCCAGGUCCCGCCUUUGCAGCUUCACCCGCGACAUGUCGGCACACAACCGCGGCACCGAGUUGGACCUAAGUUGUAUCUCCAAAAUUCAAGUGAACCAGCCAGCAGUCCUGCGGCGCGCCCAGCAGCUCCAGGCCCUCAGGAGUGUGAAGAAGGAGUGGCAGGCUGCUUGGCUCCUGAAAGCUGUUACCUUUAUAGAUCUCACUACACUGUCAGGCGAUGACACUUCUUGCAAUGUUCAGAGACUCUGCUAUAAAGCCAAGUAUCCCAUUCGGGAAGAUCUCUUAAAAGCUUUAGAUGUGCACGAUAAAGGCAUCACUACAGCUGCCGUUUGUGUUUAUCCUGCCCGUGUCUGUGAUGCGGUGAAAGCACUGAAGGCCGCAGGCUGCACCAUCCCAGUGGCAUCAGUGGCUACUGGUUUUCCAGCUGGACAGACCCAUUUAAAAACACGACUGGAAGAGAUCAGAUUGGCUGUGGAAGAUGGAGCUACGGAAAUUGACGUGGUAAUAAACAGGACCUUGGUGCUCACAGGCCAGUGGGAAGCCCUCUACCAUGAGAUUCGUGAGUUUCGCAAGGCCUGUGGGGAGGCUCAUCUCAAAACCAUCUUAGCAACAGGAGAACUUGGAUGUCUUACUAAUGUCUAUAAAGCCAGUAUGAUAGCAAUGAUGGCAGGAUCCGAUUUUAUUAAGACCUCAACUGGAAAAGAAACAGUAAAUGCCACCUUCCCAGUAGCUAUUGUCAUGCUACGGGCCAUUAGAGAUUUCUUCUGGAAAACUGGAAACAAGGUGGGCUUUAAACCAGCAGGAGGCAUCCGCAGCGCCAAAGAUUCCCUUACCUGGCUAUCUCUCGUUAAGGAGGAGCUUGGAGAUGAGUGGCUGACACCUGAACUCUUCCGUAUAGGUGCCAGCACUCUGCUUUCUGACAUCGAGAGGCAGAUUUACCAUCAUGUGACUGGAAGAUAUGCAGCUUAUCAUGAUCUUCCUAUGUCUUAAGUCACUGGCUAAUUCCUUCAACUUUCUGUCUUUGCAACAAUGUUUAAUUCUCUCUCUACGUAAUUGCUUGAAUUAUUUUUUUAAUGGAAGAAUAAAUAUCUGAGUUUUAUUCCCUAAAA